AUGGAGGAGGUCAAGAGAGGCCGCCGCGUGCGAACACAAGUCUUUCCUCGCAUACACUCGCUUACCACGCCCCGAACAGCUCGCAUUGGCAUGACGGAGACUGCUGGAGGCGCGCUGCCGCCAGGGAUGGUCAUUGGACCGGACGGGAAGCCUUGCAAGGCUUGCACAGCUUUCCGGUCGUUCGCCGGCUUCAAGAAGAAACCCGGGGCGCAGUCAUCGGCGGGAGGAGACGCUUUCGCCGCCGGAACCCCCUCCUCGACUUCCUCGGCAGCCGGUGCCGUCGCCGCAGGCGGUGCACUCGCAGGUGCGACGGCUGCAGCAGAACCAGUUCUCCCUGCCGACUGUCCGCCCGACGUCGAACGGCUCGGCAGACACACCUGGACGUUCCUUCACACGACCGCCUCGUACUUCCCUCCUCAGCCGAGCCAGCAUCAAAAGUCGUCGAUGCUCGGCCUCUUGCGAGCACUCCCCACACUCUAUCCCUGCGGCGUGUGCGCCGACCACCUCGGCGAAUACAUGAAGACGCAUCCGCCAGAAGCCGCCGUGGAAAAGGGCCGGGAGGCGCUCGAAGGUUGGCUAUGUAAUGUGCAUAACGAGGUCAACGAGCGGCUCGGGAAGGACAAGUUUAACUGCGCCAAUGUGCCGCAGCGGUGGAGGGACGGGUGGGCGGAUGGACACUGUGAUCCCUGA